AUGGACUCUAGUGACAACUUGCAACCGCAGGCCAUUGGCCUGAUCUUUGCCUUUCCGUGCUUUGCGAGUGUGGCUGUGGCUCUCCGGCUUUACAGUCGCAUGUUGACAAAGUCGUUUGCUGCAGAUGACUGGGUUAUAUGUGUCGCGAUGAUCCUGUAUUGGGCGGAGACAUUUACAUCUUAUAAAGUGAUCAUUUACACGUACAUCGGAUAUAACGUUUGGGAAAUCCCCACUGAUCAUCCCGCCAUUCUUGGUAGCAAAUAUACCUACGCGACCGAGCUCAUCUACAACCCCAUUUUGGCCCUCGUCAAGACCUCCAUCCUGCUGUUCCUGUUACGCCUAACCGGCCAGAAAAAGUCUGUGCGCUUAGCAAUCUGGGGACUCUUGAUUGUGAACGGCAUCGCCGCUAUCAUCACAUUUUUUCUCGCUGUUUUCCGAUGCGUGCCGGUCGCCGCUAAUUGGGAUUUAAUCUCAUAUCCCAAUGCGAAGUGUCUCAAUUUUGCAGAUUUCGUCACCGGCACGGGCUCAAUCUCCAUUUUCACCGACAUUCUGGCUUUAACAUUGCCGACCUGGAUUGUAUAUCACCUUCAGAUGCAAUGGAAUCAGAAAUUGAUGCUGAUUGGUAUUUUGUCAUUGGGUCUUUUGACUGUGGUCGCUGGCAUUGUUCGCCUCAUCCUCCUUGACAAAUUCGACCGUCAUAUGCCGGAGAAUUACACGCACUCGGUCCUCUUUUGUGUGUCCACUAUUGAAGUUGGCCUGUCGUUCGUCGCUGCGUGCGCUCCCUCGUUCAAGCCGCUCGUUACUCGGCUCGUCCCGAAGCUCUUCGGGUCGACCCGCACCGGGCCGUAUAACGGCUCUACCAACCGUAGCGGUCGGACACGGCUGGGCUACAAACUCGAGGAAACAUCGAACUUCACAAGUCGCACGCAGGAUCAAGCUGCCACGGCAGUUGGAGCCGGCGAUGGCGAGCUCAGCUACAGUCCCACGAAAUCGAAAGACAAGAAUAUCAUAACUCUAACCACUCAAAUGGAGGUUACUUGGGAUCGGGCUAGUUGCGAGGAGCAGCAAACAAGCAGCACAGAGAGUCUUGUUUACGGAAGAGGGGGCAACAGAGGUUCGAAAUGA